AUGUCCCAACUAAUAGCAUAUCUACUUAUUGUAUCAUUGACAGUGUCUACCGUACACUGCCAAUGGGGAUCGUACGGUGGAGGAUACGCACCACAAGGCUACGGGUACGGCACUACCUACAGUCAAGGCGCUUCUCCUGGAGGCUACGGUCCAACUCGUGGCAGCAGUGGCUACGGCGCUAACGUUGGCGGAAGCUAUGGCGGAGGCUACGGUGCCAACGUUGGUGGUGGGAGCUAUGGCGCUAAUGUUGGAGGUGGUGGAGGCUAUGGAGCAUCAGGACGUGGAAACUACGGUGCUGGAAGUAACUCUGGAUUCGAGGAUCGUUGGGCCGGCUCGAGCCAAGGCAGCUACAGAAGCGGAGGUGAUGAUUACCGUAGUGGAGGUGGUGUUACUGUAGAACGUACUAGCGCUACCAUCGACAAUAGCAGAGGAUUCGACAGCCAAGGUGUUAUGGGAGGCUCUGGAGUUGGUAUCUCAUCUUCAGGAGUUGGCAUUUCAUCGUCUGGAGGUGGAAUCUCGGGAGGUAUGGGAGGCUCGGGAGUUUUUGACCGCAGCUCAGUGACGAAUUCUGGAGCUGACGUUGUUACUGGAGCUUUCUCAUCCUCAGGUGGUGCUGCAGGUGGAUUCGCUCGUGACCAAGACCGUACCUCGACUACAGAAUUCGAAUCAUCUGGUGUCAACUCUGGCGGUCAAUUUGCUUCCAGUGGUCGUGAAACAGAAGUUGUUGGUGCCGACGGUGGAUCCUUAUUCAGUUCAGGUUCUGCUACCUUCAGUGGAUCUUCUGGAGCUGGAUCAGUAAGUGGCGCCGGUACAAUGGGAGGUGGAAUGGAAACUUCUGGUCAGUUUUCGUCUUCACAGUCAGGAGGACCAGUUGGAGGAUCAUCUGACAUCGACGUUGAACGAUCGUCUUCAAGCAGCAACGGAGGAAGCUCAUCUACAUUUGAGAGAACUGAGAUUACAAAGUCAUCGAGCUCUUCAAGCUCUAGCUCGAGUUCAUCAGGAGGCUUCGAAGGAAUUGCUGCUGAAGCUGCUUCUGGUGGCGGAUUUGAUGUGAGUGGACAAAGUGCUAAAGAAAUGCGACGACGAGGCAAAUAUCACGCCUAA